CUUUUGGUCGAAGGCCAUUUGAUCGACGGUUUAGUGAUCGAUAAAAUAUGAUCGAAGUAUCAUGUGAUCGAAUCGUUUUAUAGUCGAAAAACGAAUGGUCGAAUAUUUUAUUUAUAUGGUCGAAAUGUUUUGUGGCUGAAUGGGUUUUUUGGUCGAAGUAAAGUUAAUCAUUAGAUUAGGCCCGUAUGUAGUUCAAUUGGCGUUUGAUAAAUAUCGAUAUUAUUAUUAUUUGGAAAUAAUAUAUUAAUAUCUUUAUCUUAAUAAACGGCCGUCGGAUAAUCGGUCUUCGGCUCACAGUCCUAGUCUCACUUUGUAGGUGCCUUACAGUGUUAAUCGACAAUACAGUAUCGGUCGAGUAAUUUGUAAUAGUGUUUAUUUUAGUAGUUUAAAUAAAAUUUUUUAAUUUUAAUAUGAAUAUUGAUAUUGUUCCUAGCAUCCAUGGUGGAAUAUUAUUAAAUAUAAAUAAUUUCAUAUAUAAAAAAAACAAAGAUAUGGUGCGUAAAAAUGACGGAAAACACGUAUUUUAUUGGAUUUGCAUUAAUAAGUGUGGUGCAAAAAUUCGAACUGUUGAAACAAAUGAAAAAAAACAUGAACUCGAUAAAAAUGCAAUGUUUUCUUCGGAUCAACAUUGUCAUUCUUCCGAUCCUAUAGGCUUGGAAGUAAGAAAAAUAAAAGAAAAAAUUAAAAUAAGUGCAAGUUCAAGCGAAAACAAACCAUUACAGAUUUAUCAGAAAUCUAUUAACGAGUGUUCAACAAUUGUAGCCUCGCACAUAAGUAAAGAUUCAAUUCAACAAUUAGUGAAACGUCAAAGACGCAAUGUUGAAAUAUACAAAGAACCAACAUCUAUCAAUGAAAUAAGUCUAGCCCCAUCGAUGUGCCAAACAUUAAAAGGUGAAUUAUUUUUAGUUAAAAAAAAUGAAAACUUGCUUCUAUUUACCACAUAUGAAAACUGUAAAUAUUUAAGCGAAUCUAUCUGCUGGUUAGCAGAUGGAACAUUCAAGGCUUGCCCAAAAAUUUUUGAACAACUGUAUGUUAUUCAUGGAUCAAUUAAACGCGGAACUGAUGAGAUUUUUGUACCGUUAGUAUUUGCCCUAAUGAAUGGUAAAAAUGAAGAGCUAUAUAAUCAAGUGUUUUGUUUAUUAAAUGAAUUUUGCUCCUAAAACAAUAUACAAAUUAAAAAAGAUAAAGACAUUGAAAUAAUAACGGAUUUUGAGAAAGCAGCCAUAAAUUCUUUAAAUGAAAAUUUUCCAUCAGCAACCCAUUCGACGUGUUUUUUUCAUUUUUGUCAGAGUAUUUAUAGAAAAAUUCAAAAUAUUGGGCUUUCAACGAAAUAUGCUAAUAAUAUUGAAUUCAAUCUCCUAGCAAGACAUUUACCCGCGAUGGCAUUUUUACCAGUUGAUAGAGUUUGUAUUAUAAUACAUUAUAUUAUUUUAUAUUAUAUUAUAUUUCUAUAUUAUCUUAUAAUAUAUAUUCCCUAGAUUCAGGAAGGCUGGGCCAUAGUUAAACCAUUAUUUGGAAGCAACGAAGAUGAGCAAAGUCUAUUAAAGUAUUUUGAAAAUACAUAUGUAAUGGGUAAACAGGUUAUGAAAACAAGAGGAAGAUCAAGAAUAAAACCAGUUUACACUACUCCACUUUUCCCACCAGAAUUAUGGUCUGUAGCUCAAAGGGUAUCGUCAGGAUUGCCAAGGACGACUAAUAUCGCAGAAUCCUGGCAUAGAAAAUUAAAUAGAUUAAUAUCACCACAUCCAGGUUUGUCUGAAGUAGAAACAAUUAUUAUUAUUUAUUUGUUAUUGUUUAUCGUAAUUUGUAGGACUGCAUAAAUUAAUCAAAACGUUACAAUCUACUCAAAACGAAACUGAGGCAGAAAUUGAGAUGUUAUUGUAUGGGCGUAGUAACAAAAAAAUUAAAACUCAAGUACAAUCCUACAAUAUACGAUUAAAAGAAGUGCAACAAAGACUCUUAGCUGAUCCAGGUUAUGAUUUAUUAGAAUACUUAAAAGGAAUAGCUCAAAAUUUAAAAUUUUAAUUACUUAUACUUAAACUAAUUACCUAUUUUAAAAUUUUACUAUAUUUUUAUUUUACUUAAUAGUAACGGCUAGUUUUUUUUUUAAAACAACAUUUUUUAUUUAUAUUAUGGUUUUUGAAAUAUUUAUUAUUAUGUUAUUUUUAGCUCAAAAUGUAUGUUUAUCUACUACAAUAUAUUUCGAUUACAUGACAUUUCGAUCACUUGAAUUUUCGAUAUUAUAUUUUUCGAUAAAAAAUGUAUUCGAAUACAUGAUAUUUCGUUCACUUUUUUUCGAACACUAGACUUUCGGCCACUAAAUUUUCGACCAGAACACCCCCACCCCAUGU